GUGCUAGUUACUCUUCACAAAUUACCAUGUAUUUUUUUGUUAAACAAGGGGAGAAUUUGACAAGAGAGCAAGUGACAAUGAUGACCAUGCGCCCAAACAAUACUCUAAUCAUGGCGUACCUUUGGGGGAUUACUCCCUAUGAUGGCCUUUACAGGAAACUCCACCUGCACGCCUUUUUCAGGUUUCAGGUGUAUGAAAAGGUAUGAACAUCACCAGUUGAAGUAUAUGAAAGAUUAAGGAAAUCUGUCAUUUUGGUCUGCAAAAAGGGUGCUCAUGGUUUUGUGGUUUAUUCAUAUUUCAAAGACAGGGCAUUUACAGCAGUAAAAAGGGAUUAUGUGAAAGAGGUACCUUUUCAGUCAAAAAUGGUUUAUAAACCAAUGGGUUGGACCUCAGGGCGGAGCCUCCCUGUAUAAAACUUUGUUGAUUGGCCAUAUUCCUCAUCCAUGUUGUUGCCUCCUGCUCCCCAUAUUUUUUUUCAAGCUUCUGAUUUCUGAAUUUAAAUGGACAAAAAGUAAGAAAAAAGCUCUAGUUUCUAUUCCUAUAGCCCGGCGAAAACAGCCAUUUCUUCUCACUCCUCGCCGCUUGGGAUGUUUCGAAGUGUCCCAAGAAGCAAACAGCGAGGAUCUGAAAUGGCUGUUUUUGCAGGCUACCAUUCUUAGUAAUUACUAGAAAAGGCAAUAGUGAAAAUAUUUUUUAAAAUACAACAUCUGAUUGUGUGAACUAGACGGUUCAAGGCGUUCAGAUAGUAGAGAGUGGCGAAAAAGACUAGGGAGCCAGGCCUCAUUUCUUUCCCUCGUUUUCCCUGCGUACGAUUUAACUCUCUCCCCAUCAUCUGAUCACCUGGACCAGGCUAUGUGAAGUCAUGAGUGAGCUACCAUGAAAUAGGGCAGUGUAAAUUUCACGACAGGUAACUGAUCAAUAAUGCUCACUUACCUAGUUCUGUCACUAGGCAUUUUCAAGACCCUGGACUGCACAGCAAGAAAGAUUUUCCAGUCAAAACGUCAAUGCAUAAUGCAUAUCUUGGGGAAGUUGGAAAUUAAAUUUUUCAAAGUUCUCUUCAUAAUAUUAUAUUAUACCAUGAAAUACAGACUCGGAAUAAGGUUAAAAUGAAAAUAAUCAUGACUUGGAUGUUUUUUAUCACGAGAGACGUUGAGAAUUGAAAUCGUUGAGAGCCACCUUAAAAUUGACUAAUCAACCCAGAGUUCUCUUCUUUAACAAGAUCGCGAGCGCCCUGGUUACGAGUCGACACUCGCGUCACGUUUAUUCAAAAUGGCGUACUUUUUGAAGCUCAAUAAACAGCGAGGGAUUUACACAAUUUUUGGCUUUGUAUCAUAGAUGGUUAUGCAGAUUUAAGACCAUGUGAAGUAUGUUUAUAUAUAGCGAGUGAUGUAUGAGAGGAUGAAUUCAAUACCCGGUUGGUCGUACACUCCACUCAAGCGAUGCCUCUUAUCAGAUGAUCCAUUUUUCGAGGUUGGGCUAUUUUCCUUACCGUACUAAUUUGUAAAUGUUUAACAAUACAUACGAUUAUAAUUGCCUUGCCUAAAGUAGGAAGUCUUUUUUUCCAUCUUCAACAACAUUAAACGCAGUUUGUAGAGAGUAUGUGGGAUUCAAGACAGCUAUUGCAUUCUUCGCUAUGUUGGCUGCCCAAACUCCCUUGAUGUACUGCCCUGAAUUUCAACAGAGCAACUCAAGGAAAAAGCUAAAAAUCAGCUGCUUAAACCAAGAGUUUAUGAUAUUAGUUUGUUUCCUGCUUGUCAGUUGUUUUAAAAACAAUGAAGAAAUAAAUUUAGUAUUUUUUAAAUAUUAAUUUAUAAACAGCUCUCAUCUUUAAUAAUUUUAUUUGCAAUAAUAUUUUUGUAUGUUAAUCUUUGAAAUGAAGGAAGGAGAGUUACUUUGUAACAUUUCAAGGAAGCAGUUGGAUAACAGUGAAGAUGUUGAACAUCUUGUUCUAAGGCAAGUUUACUUUUAUUAAUUACAGUGAAAUAACUGAAAUCAAGAAUGUGGCCUUUCAAAAAAACACACGGAAGCUCUUCUUUUUGCUAAACAGUUGAUAGCCUACACUGUAGCUACUUAGAACUUUGUAUUUCAUUGAAGAACUGGGAGUGUACUCCAGAGAACUUUAUGGUGUGGGGGGUAAUUGAGAGGGGGCAAAAAUAGAAAUUGAAUGUUUGUGGUUAUAUUUCUUCAUCGUACCAUCUAUCGUUUUGGUAGUCCAGAACUUGCAGCUGACAAAUGUGUGUAGUACUACACCAAAUUAUCUUCACUUGUUUUGAAUACCCCAAAAAUCCUAAUGUUGAGGCAGCCAAAAUAUACUUGACACAUUUUCCAUCCCCUAAAAAUGCUCAAAUGGAAAAUUUCAGAUCUUAAAAAAUUCUUUGUUCAUCCCUAUGACUUUACUCUGGAGUACCUCCCCUGGUUGAAGAACUAAAACCUCUAGAUGUUGUUUAUGCUACAGUGGUUAAGUGGCAAGGUAUUCUGAAGUUGCUCUUUUCUGAGACAA